AUGGCGACUAGCUUACCAGAAUUUGCUUCUUUUGACGCCGAGAAUCGGGAAAAUAUCGAAAUUAGAUGGCAACGAUGGUUCAUGCUAUUCGAAAAUCUACUGAUUGCACUCGAUAUAAAAGACAAGAAAAGAAAACGAGCGUUAUUAUUAUACUAUAUUGGUGAAAGUACUCUAAAUAUCUUUGAAACACUGCCAGAGACAGGCACAGAAGACGACUAUGAAGAAGCGUGUCAAGCUUUAAAUGAACACUUUAAACUUCGCAAGAAUACAUCGUUUGAAAUAUUCAAGUUCAGGAAAACAAACCAACUUGUUGACGAAACUCUCGAUCAAUACCAUGUACGACUCGUCCAGAAAGCUAAGUACUGUGAAUUCUCAAACUUAGAUACUGAGAUAAAAGCUCAAAUUGAGCUAGGGACCAAUUCCAAACAACUUCGACGAUAUGCUUUCCGUAAACCAAAACUGACUUUGGCUGAACUCUUAGACUAUGGACGGACGCUUGAAACUGUUGAAGAGGAUGCGAGCGGAAUUGAGCAAAAUAUGAAUGAAACACCAAUGAAAGAUAUCCACGCCGUAAGACGAAAUCCGGCUGCUACAACGCCUAAGAAAAUAUGUUUCUUUUGUGGAUUAAACUGGCCACAUGUGAAUGUUUGUCCGGCAAAAGGGAAAACAUGCAACCAUUGUCACAAGCAAAAUCAUUUUGCACGAUGUUGUAAAUCGAGAAUUUCAGCUGGACAGCGCGAAAGUAAGUUUCCUCAGAAAUCCAAUGAACGAAGAUCCCAAGUAAAACAAAUAGACGAACAAGGUACGAAUUCAAGCUCAGAUGAAUAUGUUUACACAAUAAAAAAACAAACCCCUGAUACUAACAAAGUCGUUUUAACAUCUAUCACCACUUCACCCACAGGAGGAACUGUUAAUGAAGUUAACAGUGACUGUCGAAAACCUAUAUUUCUACACCCAUAUUAA